CUGACCAUGCUCAGGAGCUUCUGUCUCCAGCUCAUGUCCUUGGUUUGGAUCCUCUUGGCCCAUCACCAGCUUGCCCAAGGUGAUGACUGCAGUGAGCGCUGUAAUCUCGCCCACGGCUGCUGUGACCAGGAUGGGAAGUGCAGGUGUGAUCCAGGCUGGGAGGGCGAGUACUGUGAGGAGUGUGUCCGGAUGCCGGGAUGUCUCCAUGGGACGUGCCACCAGCCUUGGCAGUGCAUCUGUCACACUGGCUGGGCCGGCAAGUUCUGUGACAAAGACAUACACAUCUGCGAACACCAGUCCCCGUGCCAGAAUGGGGCUCAGUGCAUCUACGACCGAGACGGGGAGUAUUCCUGCCUGUGUCCAGAAGGCUUCCACGGGAAGGACUGUGAGAUGAAGACGGGGCCAUGUGAGAAGGCAGGGUCUCCAUGCAAAAACGGGGGGCAGUGUCAAGAUGACAACGGCUUUGCCAGCAACUUCACGUGCCGGUGCCUCGCUGGGUUCGUGGGAGCUCUCUGUGAGAACGAUGUGGACGACUGCCUCAUGCGCCCCUGUGCCAACGGCGCCACCUGCCACGACGGAGUCAACCGCUUCUCCUGCCAGUGCCAGCUGGGCUUCGAAGGGCGCUUCUGCACCAUCAAUAUCAACGACUGCGCCAGUCAGCCCUGCAAAAAUGGGGCAAAGUGCUACGACCGCAUCAAUGACUAUGACUGCCUCUGUCCCGACCGUUUCACUGGCAAAACCUGUGAGAUCUCUGUCCCCGACCCCACCUGGGCUGCCCCCUACCACCCCGCCAGCCAUGAGAGCGGCAUGAAGAGCACCACCAGUGAGAUGCCGGGGGUGACGCAGCCAGAGCUCGUCAGGACCGUGGUCACGGGGCGGCGUGUGGCCAACCACAGCGAGAAGGAGCCGGGGGGAGGGUUGUUGAAAAUCUCUGUGAAGGAGGUGGUGACCCAAAGGGACUCGGGGCUGAGCGAAGCCCAGUUGGUGACGGUGCUGGUGUUCGGGGUGCUGACAGCAGUGCUGGUCCUCAUCACUGUCCUGCUAAUGCUGAGGAACUGGCAGAGAAGCCGUCAGAGGUCCAACUGGUGCCAAAGCCCUUCUCAGGCUGCGAGGAAGCUCCAAGACCAGGAGUGCCAGGUGGGCAUGCUCAACACUGUCCUGAUCGAGCCUAGGAAGACGACGGAGCUGUGAGCUGCAAGGACUGGGAGCCAGGCCCCAGCAGGUGGUCAUGCUGGCAGAUCCUUUGAACUGCAACCUGGGCAAGUGCGCCAGCACUGGCCGGGCACGGGGGAGGGCUCCUGGGGCAGCCAACACGCCAAUGGAAGCACUGAGCAUCGGUGUGAUGGCCCCGCUGGCGUCUGAGCUGUCACCCACCUGAGGGCCUCUGAAGGCAGGGCCAUGCCGGGCCAGCACUGCAGGGGAGCAGCAGCCCACGCCACGCACUGCUGCGAUCACCUGACGUGAGCUCUCUAACAAGAUGGGUAGUGCUGAGGAGGGCAUGGUCUUCUUGCAAGCCUAGAUUCUGCCAGGCCCUUUGUAACUCCUCUCCAUGAGUACUGGAAGGACCUUUGACCUCAUUUCCACUGGUGUUAAGAUGUUUCUUCUGGAGCCUUUGGGACAGUGGUGGCUGCACGGGCCUCCCUCCCUCAGCAUCAGAUGGGGAUGGCUCCUGGCUGUGUCUGGAGGCUGUUCACACACUGCGUUGCUAGGGAUCAAGAAAACAUCCCUGCUCCCUGGCCUUGUGGUCCUUUGAGACAGUUCAGAGACUAUGGAGAUCAUUCAGGGUCUCCUCAUGUCCUUCUGCCCUGGGUGAUGCCCUCUCCUCCUGCUCUCACAGACUUGGAGUUACAAACACAUUCUGUACCUCCGUCCCAAUAAUCCAGGGGUCUUCCCCCCCACUUACCAAGCCGUCCUUUCUGGUCUGGCCAAAAAUGACCAAGCUCCUUCCCCUCUCCAGCGUGCGCUUCUGCCUCAUCAUUUGCUGACAAGGAGGAGCACGGCCUGCUCCCCUCUGGGGUCCUCUGGGCCUGAGCUGAUCCUUCUCAUAUGCUCUCACAGGUGAAAGUGGAGAUGGACAAGGCUGGAGAUGUGCUCUGGUUGGUUCAGGAGCAAUACGUGGUCCAGAUCCUCCUUUCCUCUCCCUGUCACUCCGAGACAGACGGAUGGCACUAACCUCAAAUCAUUGUAUUGUUACUUGCCACAGUGAAGGCCAGGCUCCCCACAGCAAACAUGGGACAGGCUGCUGAGCCCGGGGUGACUGUAGGAAGCAGACAGGAUGCUGCCUUCUCCAUCACUGCUCAGAGGCAGCAGGUGGCCAGGUCACUUAGCCUUUGUGCUAGGGCUGCUUCUGCUGGUGCUGCUCCCCGGGCCAGCAAUCGGAGCCAGGCUUUGCUGGGCCUCUGCAUGGGCACAGAGGGCUGCGCAGUGGGGUGGGUAAAAGCCCCACAACCCAAACCCUCCUGCUGGCCCCUGUGGUUGCAGACAAGGGUUUGAGAUGGUGGGAAGAGAGCAGAGAGAGGAGCACUCAGCCAGGAUGGAGACCCAGGAGAGGGGACCGGAGCUUCAUCAGAAAGAUUAUUUU